CUGUACACGUACACUCAGGGAGUUUCAGGGUUACGUACAGAGACACAAAAAUGGGUGUUUCUCUUCUUUCUUCUCCAGCAUUUCCGGGAGUCUUUCUGUUCUCAUUGGUUACUCUGUGUCUCAUUCCUGAGCUCGCAGUUGCAGGCAUUACCAGGCACUACAAGUUUGAUGUCAACUUACAGAAUGUGACACGACUGUGCCACACGAAGAGCAUUGUCACUGUAAACGGGCAGUUUCCUGGGCCUCGCAUAGUAGCUAGAGAGGGUGACCGUCUUCUAAUCAAAGUGGUCAACCAUGUCCAGAACAACGUCUCCAUCCAUUGGCAUGGCAUUCGACAGCUUCGAUCAGGGUGGGCUGAUGGGCCAGCAUAUGUGACUCAAUGUCCCAUUCAAAUUGGCAACAGCUAUGUGUACAACUUCACCAUCGUCGGGCAGAGAGGCACUCUCUUCUGGCAUGCCCAUAUAUCAUGGCUGAGAGCAACUCUCUAUGGUCCUCUUAUCAUUCUUCCCAAGCAAGGCGUUCCCUACCCAUUUGCCAAACCCUACAAGGAAGUUCCCAUAAUCUUCGGGGAGUGGUGGAAUACAGAUCCCGAGGCAGUCAUUACCCAAGCCCUACAAACAGGAGGAGGACCAAAUGUCUCUGAUGCCUACACUAUCAAUGGACUUCCAGGGCCCCUCUAUAACUGUUCCGCCAAAGAUACGUUCAAGCUGAAGGUGAAGCCCGGAAAGACUUACCUUCUCCGUCUAAUCAACGCAGCACUCAAUGACGAGCUGUUUUUCAGCAUUGCAAACCACACUCUUACUGUUGUUGAAGCCGAUGCUAUUUAUAUUAAACCCUUUGAGACUGACACGGUUGUCAUAACCCCCGGACAGACCACAAAUGUUCUUCUCAAGACCAAAAACCACAUCCCAAAUGCCUCAUUCUUCAUGUCUGCUAGACCAUACGUGACUGGCCUAGGCACUUUCGACAAUUCCACUGUUGCCGGCAUCUUAGAAUAUCAGUACUCUUCAUCCAUUAAAAAGCUUCCACUCUUCAAGCCGGUUCUCCCCCCUCUCAACGACACUUCCUUCGUCACAAAUUUCACGGCCAAACUCCGUAGCUUAGCAAGUGCUCAAUUCCCGGCAAAUGUCCCCCAGAAGGUUGACAAGCGCUUUUUCUUCACAAUAAGCCUUGGAACAAGCCCCUGCCACCAAAACCAAACCUGCCAGGAGCCUAACGGAACAAUGUUUGCAGCUUCUGUGAAUAACGUAUCUUUUGCAGUCCCGACCACUGCCCUCCUCCAAGCCCAUUUCUUUGGGCAAUCAAAUGGAGUUUAUCGGCCUGACUUCCCGACCAGUCCAAUAUUUCCUUUUAACUACACCGGCAACCCGCCUAACAACACGAUGGUCGGAAAUGGGACAAAGCUAGUGGUUCUGCCUUUUAACGCUAGUGUGGAGCUUGUCAUGCAGGACACAAGCAUUCUUGGCGUCGAGAGCCACCCUUUUCAUCUGCAUGGCUUUAAUUUCUUUGUCGUUGGCCAAGGUUUUGGGAACUUUGAUCCCAAUAAGGACCCAGCAAACUUCAAUCUUGUUGACCCUAUUGAAAGAAACACUUUGGGUGUGCCUUCAGGUGGUUGGGCUGCCAUCCGGUUUCUAGCAGAUAACCCAGGGGUAUGGUUCAUGCAUUGCCACCUGGAGAUCCACACGAGCUGGGGUUUGAAGAUGGCUUGGUUAGUCUUAGAUGGAAAGCUCCCAAAUCAGAAGUUGCUUCCUCCACCAGCAGAUCUUCCCAAGUGUUGACCUUAAUUUGACUCAACACUUCUUGAUUCAUUGCCGGCCACUAGAAUUGUCUCUAAUAUCUUUUUCUUUUGUUUUUUAUCUCUUUUUUUUUUUUUUUUUUUUUUUGCUCUUCCUCGGCAUUUGGUAUUGGGAGAUUGAUCUUCAAUAAUUGUUUUGUUCAUCCAUGUGGAGCUAAGGAUAGAAAAUGAGUAUUUUUUUUUUUUUUUCCCUUUUUUUCUUUUUUUCUUUUUUUUUUUUGGUAACAUUCAAUUUUUUCAUAACGUCAAUGCGAGAAGCCUCAAUAAUAUUGUAUCACUAUGUAUGAGCAUUAUUUCAUUUCAAUUACAAAUUUAUCUUAUUCACUUAA